AUGGUCAAUAUGACUUGCGCGGCUCGAGAGGCCAUUUUGGCAUAUAGUGGUCUUAUCGCCCUUGGUGGAGAUUACACCUACUCUCUUUCUGACCUUUCUCUCAAAGUCUCAUCCUUUUUCCUCCCCAAUUACACUUCCUUUACUCUGGGAAAACCCAACAUAUCACCAAAUCAAUCUGUGGUUGCUGAGAACUUCGCUCUUCUGUAUACUGAUUGGAGGGACAAUGGCCCCGGCACGCAUGUGACUGUGGACGAUUAUCGCGUCGAAGUGGUAUCGAAUGAGUCUGCCGUGUGUUGGCUGACCUACCGUAUCUCACCUGAUGACGAGAAAAUGGAGGGGUGGGAGUGGACCAAUGUUUACGGGUUUCGAAUUUGGAAAGGGAUGGCUAAUGAGCUGAGUGGUGGUUGGGAGUUUGCUGUUGGAGAUGAGGAGCAUCAGCAAUACGAGGCAAGGUUUGGAAAGUAG